CAUGCAGGGCAGGAAUCACUGGAUUCAAAACUGGUUGCAAUUAAUGCCUCACUAUCAAAUGGCCUUAGAGCUGAAUUAAACCUUGCCAAUGAGAACAUUUGUAGCAAAAUUGAUGAACUUCAAACAACACUUGAUUCAGUCGACACUGGUUUGAAAUCAGAACUAACCUCACUAGAGAGCCAGGUUAACUUCACCCAUGCAGAAAUUACAUCAUUUGAUGAUAGACUACAAUCACUGAAUGACCUUAUGUCUGGGCUUGGUAAUGUGACAGACAGAAUAAGUGACAAGAUUGAGGAAAGCGAGAAACAAAUUACGGACGAACUGCUGGAAAUAAAGCAAGAUAUACUGGAGCCAAUCAAAACAUAUACAUGU